CCGGAACGCUAGGUUCCGGGUUUGGUUUCCGGUCGGAGGCUCUUGCCAAGCGCCCCGCUUCCCUGGGGGGCGGCGGUGGCGGCGGCGAAGGCUGCGGUGGCAACUGGGGGGCCCCGGAAGUCAACACCAUGUCGAGUCUGCACAAGAGCCGGAUCGCAGAUUUCCAGGAUGUCCUGAAAGAGCCCUCGAUCGCCUUGCAGAAGCUGCGGGAACUCAGCUUCAGUGGCAUCCCCUGUGAGGGUGGACUUCGGUGCCUCUGCUGGAAGAUCCUCUUGAACUACCUACCCUUGGAGAGAGCCUCGUGGACAUCCAUCCUGGCCAAACAGAGGGAGCUCUAUGCCCAGUUCCUGAGGGAGAUGAUUAUCCAGCCUGGCAUCGCCAAGGCCAACAUGGGCGCAUCCAGGGAGGAUGUGACCUUUGAGGACCAUCCGCUCAACCCCAGUCCUGACAGCCGAUGGAACACGUACUUCAAGGACAAUGAGGUGCUGCUGCAGAUCGACAAGGAUGUCCGGAGGUUGUGCCCAGACAUAUCCUUCUUCCAGAUGGCCACCGAGUACCCCUGCCUCCUCAUCCUGGACCCCCAGAAUGAAUUUGAGACUCUCCGCAAGCGGGUGGAGCAGACAACACUGAAAUCCCAGACAGUGGCGCGGAACCGGAGUGGGGUCACAAAUAUGAGCUCCCCACAGAAGAACGCCUCGUCACCGGCCCUGAACGAGUAUGAGGUGCUGCCCAAUGGCUGUGAGGCCCACUGGGAGGUGGUGGAGCGGAUCCUGUUCAUCUACGCCAAGCUCAACCCUGGCAUCGCUUAUGUGCAGGGCAUGAACGAGAUCGUGGGGCCCCUGUACUACACAUUUGCCACCGACCCCAACAGCGAGUGGAAAGAGCACGCCGAGGCAGACACUUUCUUCUGUUUCACCAACCUCAUGGCCGAGAUCCGGGACAACUUCAUCAAGAGCCUGGACGACUCGCAGUGCGGCAUCACCUACAAGAUGGAGAAGGUGUACUCCACCCUGAAGGAGAGGGACGUGGAGCUCUACCUGAAAUUGCAAGAGCAGAACAUCAGGCCCCAGUUCUUUGCUUUCCGCUGGCUCACGCUGCUGCUGUCCCAGGAGUUCUUGCUGCCAGACGUCAUCCGCAUCUGGGACUCGCUCUUCGCGGAUGAUAGCCGCUUUGACUUUCUGCUCCUUGUGUGCUGCGCCAUGCUCAUCCUGAUCCGGGAGCAGUUGCUGCAAGGGGACUUCACGGUCAACAUGCGGCUCCUGCAGGACUACCCCAUCACGGACGUCUGCCUGAUCCUGCAGAAGGCCACGGAGCUGCAGGACUGCAAGUAGCCUGGUGGCAGUAGACGAGUGGGAGACCCUGGGUCCUGGGUCCGGGCAUCGCUGGCUCUUGGGGCUGCUGCAGGGGCGGCCACUCCAGGCCCACGUGGCUCCAGCCACUCGGGUUGUGCCUUCUGGGCACUGUGCUGUCUCCUUCAGCCACCAAGCCCUGGACCCUCUGAAGAGGCUGUCAAGCAGGGCGGGGGCUGUUUUGGUGGAAGGAGGCUGGCAAGGGCUCUUCCCGCUCUGCACUGCCUCCUUCCUCCUCCAUCCCUGCUUCCGGUCUUUGCCUGGUUGCUGGUCAGGGGGUCCCUGGCACAUUCUGGGGGUUGGUGCUCAGGCUUCUCCUUGGGGAGUGACACCAAAGCAGCUGAGUGACUGCCAGGCCCAGGUCCCACCCUCUGCCUCCCACCAAGCACAUGUGUCACUGGGGAGCGUGUGGCCCUGAGUCCAUUACCAUGUGUCCCAGGGCGCUUGGGUGGGGCAACGGUGUCUUGGGUCCCUCCAGGGCCCAGGUUCCCCUUGUCUGUCUCUACCUCUGCUCGUCCCCCUCUGCCUCUUGGGGUGUCUGAGAUUGCCUACCCCUCAUUGCUCCCCUCUGCCUUUCUCUCUGGGGUGCCUUAUCCGGAGCCUCUUCCUGCCUGCCCCCUCCCUGCCCAUGAAGCCCAGAGGCAGGAUGAGGGGUGCGGCUCGGCAAGAUUCCGGGGCUGCACCUGGGAAGGGCUCCACAGUGCUUGCUGGCGGGUGCUGGACCCUCCCUGGUGGGGAUUGGAAUUCCAGGUCUGCUGAGGCCUGGGGGCCCAGGAAGCUGUGCACCUCACCUGUGUCCUGUCCUUGCUGUGAGAGGAAGAUGAGGGUGGAUUCCCUGGAGGCUCCCAGAGCCCCCUUGCCUCGAAAACAAAGGACAGCAUGUGUUAGGUGCUUCCAAGAGUUGUAGUCCACCUAAUUCCAUACAGGUCACCUGGGUCCAGAAAGCCUCGGCCCAGGUGGAGCAGAGCUUGCAACCUGCAUCUUGGCACCAGAAGAGCCUGUCUGGGUCUUGGUGUCCCCUGCGCCCACUGCCGGUAGCUGCAGCCACAGGUGCAGGAAUUGUCUGGUCAUCAGCUCGGGCCCUGCAGUGUUGAGGUGGGGCCGCCUGAGCAGGCUGGGGGUGGGGUUCUGAGCCUCCUAGACUGGCCCAGGGGAGCCCGGCCUGCAGUCCUGUGGCCUGGGAGCUGCCGGGUGAAGCUCUUCUGGGACCUGCAGGACUGCACUUCGCUCCUCGCCACCUCUUCUCCCAACCCAUGAUUUGGGAGGCUUUUGCUAUUUAUUCAGACCCUUGCCUAUUUAUUGAAGAUUGACAAGUGCUUUGGGGCUGGGAAGAUGGCAGAGAACGGAGAAAGGAGUUGCAGACAUGGUCUGUCCACUUCGCAAGCUCAGCUGGGACAUCUUCCCUUCCUCUUCCCCUCGGACCUGGUUUUCCAGUGGGUCCUGGCCAGGAAGGCUGGGAGCUCUACUGGAGCUAGUGCAAGAGAGACCAGAGAGCUGGGGACUGGAUGGAGACAGUCCUGUGAGCCAGUCUUCCCCAGAACUCGUCAGCUAGUGGCUCAACCCCAGGUUGCCCCUCCACAGCCUGAAGCAUGGGCCACCAACAGGACCCAGAAGCCACUGCCCAGGACACCCGAGUUCCCUCGGGCCUGGCCCUGGCUGCCUGCCUGGGAACAUGCUACUGGAACCACGACAUCUGAUUUUCAUGAGAGCAUAGUGUCCAGUGUGUUGUCCACGUCCUUGAGAUGAAGGUCAAGAUCACAGGGACCCAGGCUGCACGAGCCCCUUGGGGUACAGUCCGGGCAAGGGCCUGGCCUGGUCAGUUCCUCCUGGGGAGGUGGCAGUGGUCAGGGCCUGGGCCUUCUGCAUGGGACACUGCCCUAGAUACCACAGCCUGAGCUCACGAGGUCACAGAUUUCAGUGCAGAGGGUCAGAAUGUGUCAGCUGUCAUUUCCGGUCUGUUUUGUUCUCAGAAUCAAGUGCUGUGGAUGCUGAGUCGUCUUUAAUAAAUCCUAUGUUCUUUGCAAUGGGCAUUGGUGCCAUGAGGGGCUGGCACCUUGGAGGCCCCGGAGCAGGGACAGUGGAGCCAGCCUCCUUAGGUCUAAGAAGGAGGCCAGGAACGCGCAUUGGAAGAGCCAGCUCAGCUCUGUGCCUUGGCAUUGAUGCUGCCUGCAUGGAUGCAGGAAGAAAGGAUUACUGCUCCAUCACACGGCAAGGAUUUCUUAAGAGUUCAAAAUUCCUGAGUCAGCCGGGGUGUGGUGGCACAUGCGUGUAGUCCCAGUGCGGGAGCUAGAGGCAGGAGUGUCACUGGGAGUUCCAAGAGUAGCCUGGGCUACAAAAUGAGUUCAAGGCCACCCUGAAUGACAUAGCAAGACACUGUCUCAAAACAAGAAGUAGAUCUCAAAAAGUGAGAUUUCCAAGGCAGUGACACGCCAGAGGUCUUCCUGGAAGGUCAGGAAAGAGUGAUGCCCCUCAUGUGACUGCUGGUCUACAGUAGUGGGGCCUCGCCAGGAGCAGUUGUUCAAGAGGAAGUAACAAAAGCUCUCCACGCGGGAAAGGAGGCCCUCUGCGUGCUGACAGCGCGAUCCUACGUGGAGAGAAGCCCACCGGCAACACCAGAAGUGGCCAGUACCCAGAAGUGCAGGAAGGUGUGGGAUCCGAAGUGAGCACGCAGGCGGGGUGUAGCCAGCGCAGAGCAGGUGCGAAGUGGUGCACAGUCCUGGAUUCAUCUCCUGUCCUGUGUGCACAGAGAAAGGCCAGACAAGUGCACUGAGCUUUCACGCUAGGGUUUUUUUUUUUUUU